GUUGGUAUCACCUCUGUGGUGACGUGCUGGCAGCCGGCUAGAUUGGCGAAACAACCCAACCUAAAAAUGGCGUCUGAUGGUGAUGAGAUCAUAACCGACCAAGAAAAAGUGCGAAUAGCGUCCGAUUUUAUUCUUCAUUCACCUCCAGGAGAAUUUAACGAAGUGUUUAACGAUGUGCGAAAGCUUCUAAAUAACGACGAUCUCCUCAAGGAAGGUGCCAGUGGGGCGUUUGCCCAAUAUAACAAGGAUCAACUCACCCCGGUGAAAAUCGAAAAUGCCGAACAUUUGGUGCUAAUCACAGAAUACAACGACUUAGGAAAUAAUAGGUUUUUUGAUCCAAGAAGUAAGCAGAGUUUCAAAUAUGACCAUUUGAGGAAAGAGGCCUCCGAUUACCAACCGUAUACGCCAGACUCGCAAGCGGAGUCCUGGCGAGCCGCCCUCGAUAACGAGUUUAUUCAGUACACCAAGAACCACUAUAAGGACGGCGUAUGCACUGUAGUGGGCCGAAGCCAACCCGGCAGUAGUAUAACUUUGACCGCCUGCAUUGAAGACCAUCAAUUCCAGCCGAAAAAUUUCUGGAACGGUAGAUGGCGAUCCCAAUGGUCGGUGACACUUAACAACCCGACUGCGGAAAUUCGGGGCAUUCUCAAGGUGCAAGUGCAUUACUACGAGGAAGGCAACGUUCAACUUGUCAGUUCUAAGGAAAUCCGAGAAACCGUUCCGGUGUCGAACGAAGUGCAGACAGCCAAAGAAAUCGUGCAAGUAAUCGAAGACGCCGAAAAUUUGUACCAAACAGCCAUUUCGGACAACUACCAGACAAUGUCAGACACCACUUUCAAGGCCCUGAGACGUUUGUUGCCCGUUACUCGCACAAAAAUCGAGUGGAACAAGAUUGUGUCAUAUAGUAUCGGAAAAGAAUUGAAAACGCAGUGAUGCGAUCAGUGACUGAGUUAAGUGAAAUAAGAAAGAAAGGCUAACUCUUAGCCUUCUUGUUAUUGCUUAAGAGUGUUUUGUACAUACGGCUAAAUUUUGUUAAGUUUAUAACCAUCGGGGAUAGCCAAAUUUAGUCUAAUUACCGCAUUUACAUUUGACUUCGUAGCAAUUAUUAUUCAUUUAAGGAAUAAUCUCGCAUUUUGAGUUUGUACCAGUAUUAUUUCUAUCCUAUUACACUUAAAAAGAACAGGUUUUUUAUUGUUAGAGUUUAUUUAUAUCUAUCCCUGUUACGGAAUGUGCAAUAAUGCUCAGCACAGGAACUUCUGCUUUCGUCUUGUAAUUACUUUAUUUUAUAUUUUAUAUGAAGCUGUAAAAUAAUAUCCGUUUUCUGAACUUACUUUGUCAUUUUAUUUCUUACCGAUUUAUUUGUUACUUUUGUAUGUUGUAACUUAGAAGGUGAUGAAUAAAAUUGGUUUAUAAGUCACUAUUGCUGCCCUUAAAGUGAAAAUAAUUUAUAUCUUGUUACAGUAAACAAUUGUAUGGGUUAUUUUUAAAUAAAAAUUAUUGGAACUA